AUGGUGAAAGUAGUGAACUCCGUCAGCGAUGCUCUGAAUGCCAUGCAGAAGGAGAAUGUGGGAUUGAAGGCCAGAGUCAAGGCUGAUCUGCAGAGGGCUCCGAUCAGAGGAGCUCGUUUGAAGGGCUGCUCCAACGGCUCGCGUCCCCGUGACUGCGGUGACCUGUACGCCAGCGGUCAGAGAGAGGACGGCAUCUACUCUGUGUUCCCCCUUCACCAUCCCACAGGCUUCCAGGUCUACUGUGACAUGAGCACGGACGGAGGGGGCUGGACGGUCAUCCAGCGCAGGGAGGACGGCUCGGUCAACUUCUUCAGAGGAUGGGAGUCCUACAGGGAGGGCUUCGGGAAGAUCACGGGGGAACACUGGCUCGGGCUGAAGCAGAUCCACGCGUUGUCCAUCCAGGGGAAUUACGAGCUGCGGAUCGACCUGGAGGACUUUGAGAACAGCACGGCGUAUGCACAGUACGGCACGUUCGGAGUGGGCCUCUUCUCCGUGGACCCUGACGAUGAUGGAUACCCCCUGACUGUGGGAGACUAUUCUGGAAACGCAGGCGACGCUCUUCUUAAGCACAACGGGAUGAAGUUCACCACCAAGGACCAGGACAACGACCACUCGGAGAACAACUGCGCCUCCUUCUACCACGGCGCCUGGUGGUACCGCAACUGCCACACGUCCAACCUGAACGGCCAGUACCUGCGGGGCCAGCACACCUCCUACGCCGACGGCAUCGAGUGGUCUUCGUGGACUGGCUGGCAGUACUCGCUCAAGUUCUCCGAGAUGAAGAUCCGACCUACGCGCGACGUCGAUAGUAAAUGA